AAUAUUUAUUCAUUAAAGUUUAUUUUAAACAGGAUUAAGUCUCUGCGAACCAGCGCUGUCAAGUUAUGUUUGUUUUUGUAUAACCCCUAGUGUAUAAAGAUGCCAUUGCUGCAUAGAAAGAGGUUUGUGCCGAAACUUCCACCUGAGAAUCUGAAUCCCGAAGAUGAAGUUUUCUAUUGUCCUCUUACCCAUGAAAUAUUCUUUGAUUAUGAUGAAUUCUACGACCGCACAAUAUUAUGCAACAGCCUGGUGUGGAGUUGUUCAAUAACAGAUCGACCAAAUUUAACUUUCCAAGAAGCUCUCGACUCUGAAAAGGCUGCAAAGAAAAAGUUGGCUCACUUCCCUAUUUCAAUACAGAAACCUCUCCUAUACCUCGUCAGUAUUGCUGGUCGAUCUCGUAUAGAUGAGUUGAGUGAUGUUAUUUAUAGUUUCAUGAAGGAUCGUUAUUUUGUUGGAGAAUUAGUGGAAGUUCUGUUUGAGACCAAAGCUACAAAAAGAUCCACAUGUUGUGUCACCCGUAUAGUUCCCCCUGUGCAAACUAAUGGUCAUCUAAAUGGGGGAUUAGUUGAUGUUGAAGAUGGAAGUAGUGGUGAUGAAGAUGAUCUUCCUUUAGCGGACUUCAAGAAAACGCAACCAAUACCUGGUAAUGAAGUUCAAUAUCUCGUUCGUAAACUUCGUGUUUCUGGUGAAACUGAGAAAGUAGUGUUUGGUGGUGCUAUUCGGAGAAAAGCUGGCUUGUUCAAUCGUCAGAUCUGCAAACUUUUCCUGAAAGCAAACUGCAUAAAACCAAACGGCCAAACCACAGAUGAAUAUGUUGUAUUGCCAAAAGUGAGUGCACAGCUUAAGAUCGAUUUAUUGGAAUGGGAAACUAUUUUCGUCGGAUUGAAACCAAAUUUUGCCUCAUUCUCUCCAAAGUCCAACAAAUCGAAAAAGGUUGGCAACGGAACUGGAAAAUCUCGUUCAGAUAAUUACGAAAAUGGAUCACUUCAAAAACUCAAGGGAACGAAGCAAUUGAAAGAAAAUGUUAAGAAUGAAAAAAAGAAAGAGAAAGAAGAAAAUAAGAAAAAAAGGUUGGAACAAUUUGAGAGAAUGAAAGAGGUUGCUCGCUUAGAUAAAGAGAAGAGAAAGAAAGAGAGAGAAGAGGAGCAACAUAAACUAAAGAUGGAAAGAGAAACUAUUAAACACCAGAAGCAAGAAGAGAAAAAACGGCUCGCAAAUUAUUUAAAAGAAUGGAGUCGACCAAGAGAAGACUUGGAAUGUGACGACCUCAAGGACUUACCUGAUCCACAACCAAUCUCAUGUGAGCUUCCACCCUCAUUAUUUGGUGACGCUUUGUCUUUGCUUGAAUUCUUUCAUGUGUUUGGCAACUUGUUUGAUGCAAAAGAUGAAUUUCCUAAUGGAGUUACUUUAGAUUUGUUGAGCAAAGCAUUAUUGCAGAAAGAUCCUGAUGGGCCUCUCUGUGAUCUAUUCUUCUUCUUCCUCUCUAAUCUGUUCCGGACACACACAGAAGAGGAAGGAGGUUAUAACAAAGUUUACAUGGAACCAGGAGAUAAAGAACUUGCAACUCAACCAAAUGAACAACUAACUGAAGAAGUUCUUCUUGCAUCUGCCAGCCUAUCUGCUACAUGGCCUUUCUCUUAUCAGGGAUUUCCCCUCAGUAAACUAGAGCUGGACAGUUACACAGUAACAGAGGUACUUCGUAUAUAUCUCAUCUCAUCUUCUUGUCGUCCUCGUCCGGAAGAUCGUGUAUGGAGGUAUCAACACAGGGGGAGUUAUACGGUGUUUGAUGAUACACCACUUAAACUGUGUUUUGAUCAACCAAAACUUGUACAGAAGUUAUCGAAACUCAGCAUUUAUGACUUUCAACCAGACGAAAAGUUAUCUUUGCUGAUGUGUCUCCUGCAUCAGUUGCUGAGUUACGUAACUCCUCGUGACUUCCUGGAGGAAACAUGGGAUCAUCUCCAACAAGCUAAACAAGCCUUCCGUGAUGAUAGAUGGGCCGAGAAGAGACGAGAAAAAGAAGCAAUUGCUGACCGUGUUCGGUGGAAAGGUGAACAAAAUAUGUUGGAAAAACAAGCAAGACAGAAGGAAUUGGAGGAAAAAUUACGACGGGCUGAACUUGGUUUGCCUGAACCUGAUCUCGCGGUACAACGCAACCUCCGGAAGAGAAAAGAUGAAAUUGAUGAUUCAGAACCUCGGUUGCUCUCAUUAGAAGAGAAAGAAGAAAGAUUGCGAGCGUUUGAUGAAGAAGAGACGAUAGCAAAAGAUGCGUGGAAGUUUCGAUUGCAGAAACAUCAACAAACUGUUGCUAAGUACCAAGCCCCAUUUCAAACUAUGGCCCUUGGUCAAGAUAGGUACUACCGUAGAUAUUGGAAUGUCAGUUCAGCUCCUGGGAUUCUUGUCGAAGAAUUCCCUGACCCCGCGCUAACUGAUGAUGUCCUCACCAUAAAAGUGGAGCAAAAAUCUGGUACCAGCUUUCAAAUGACUCCUUACUCAGGACGUAGCACCCCUGGACUGGGUGAAAGCUCAGCGGGCGGAACCCCCAUUAAUAUCAUGUCAAGGUCCCAUGUUUCUACAUCAAGCCAACAAAACACACCUAAUGUGGCCUCACCGUUAGCAAUUGGACAAAAGACUCAACAAACUGUAGUACACCAGGGAAAUGGGAAUGUAAAAACGGCGUCUAUUUUCAGUCCAGUAGAACGGACUGCAUCUCCUGUAUUGAGACAAUGUAUAAACAACAAUGUGAAAGACAAUGCUCCGAUUCCAAUGCAGAUGGAUGAAUCUGAGUUGGAACUACCAACACAGUGCAGUGCAAGCCAAGGCAAAGAAAGCAGAUGGUACAUUUAUUCAUCCCCCGAAGAAAUUGAAUCUCUCCUUUCAUCUCUAAACACUAGAGGCUUCAGAGAGUCGCAACUUCUCAACCGUGUAAACCAAGAAAAAGACACGAUAAUUAAACGGUUGACGAAACAUCCAGGUCUGCUUGAUAUAGACCAGCUUCUCACCAACCCUGACCCCCACACCUCCAACAAGCAGCUAGAUUGUGAGAAAACUUUGGAACUUUUACUUCGUGAUCAAAUCCUUGAAUUAGAAGCAAGAAUGUGGGGUGGAACCCUUGGUGUUACAAAGGUUGGGGACAGACCAGCUUGGAGAGAUAGCAUUGCCAACUGUACUAAAUAUGAAGGUUCCAUAUUAUGUGAUGUAGAUAUUCAUACUAUUCAAGAUGAAAAUCUUAUUGAGGAUAAAAAGGAAGAGAGCAAAUCAAAGAUAUUUUGUGAUCCAGUCAUCCAGUUUCCAUGGAAACAACAAGAGAGUGAAACUGAAGUGAUGGUGGAUCAAGAUGAUUCAGAAGAAAACGAAACAUCUGUUGUGAAAGAGCUUGCCACAAAUCUGCUCAUCAUAGCACGAAGUGUUGACAAGAAAUAUUUAAAAGCUCCAUUAGGUAAACUGGGGGAAGCAAAAGCACCUCGCUCGAAAAAUUCUGAUGAUAAAGAAGAAAGUGACCAGAGUGAGAUGUUGUUACGUAGAUGGGAGUUAUCGUUGCUUCAUUCAACUUCAUUAUCUCAGGUUUUUUUGCAUCUCUCUACACUUGACCGUUGCAUAAUGUGGACAAAGUCGAUACUGAACACCAAAUGUCGGAUCUGCAGAAGGAAAGGAGAUGGAGAGAAAAUGUUGUUGUGCGAUAAUUGUGAUCGUGGACACCAUAUGUAUUGUUUACGACCAGCAUUAAAGAUUGUCCCUUCAGGCGACUGGUUUUGUCCGGAUUGCAAACCGCGGCAGUCACGUAUCAGCCCAAGGAAAGUUGUUCGAACAAAAAGUUUCUCACAGGUAUCUGCUGUUGGGGCUGAUCUUGCUUGCCAAUUAAUUCUGGAUGAAAGUUCUGAUGAUGAAGAAUCAGAGGAGGAAGAAAGCGAGGAAGAUGUUGAGAGUUCUGAAGAAGAAGUACCAGUCAAAGUUCCAGCAAAGAAAAACCUCACUUACAAAAUACCAAAGCGACCUCAAAAGAAAGGAGUGAAAUCAACAGGAAAGGCAAAAGCUGUUGAAACAAAGACAGAAAAGACGAAAGUUAAAGAAGAGGAGCUGAGGAGUGGGAGCAAACGUCGCUCUACAGGAGUAUGGAAGGAAUUGUCUGUUUGUGCGGAAAUAUUGUCAGAACUUAUUAAACAUAAAGAAAGUUGGCCUUUUCUUGAUCCUGUCAGCAAAAAACAAGUUCCUGAUUAUUAUGACAUCAUAAAGAAACCAAUGGAUCUCGGAACAAUACAUCGGAAAUUAAAGAAUGUACAAUACCAAUCUCCAAGUGAUUUUAUAGCUGAUGUAGAUCAGAUAUUUCUAAACUGCCAUGAAUACAAUGAAGCACGGUCUGUAGUAGCUCGCUCUGCCACCCAUUUACAAAUCUACUUUGAUGGUAAAUUGCAAGCGAGUUCUCUUAUACACCAUCGUACUAGCCACAACCCUAGUAAAAGAAAGAAGACUGGUUGAAGGCGGUUCUAUCUGGUUUACACUUGCUUCAUGCGACUGUUAUGCCGAUUUCUGGUGAAGUGGGUCCAGUGUCGAGUUGUUGCGCUUGUAGAAACUUUUCUACAUGGCUGUUUUUCAAUUGAACCUGUUCUGUUAAGUACAAUCACUGCAUUCUCUGCCAAGUUAUAUUUUUCAUAAGCGUUCCAAUGUUAUUUUUAUUAAACUUCAAACCAAAGUAGCGAUUUUUUCCAAAUGCCAUUGUACCUGUACUCUGGCUGGCACAUUACUUUAGUUAAGUGUCAUUGUUUAUUUGUUUUUGAGUGUUCUUUUUCUUAAAAAAUCUUGUCCGUGUUCAUUUUGAACAUAAUUUUUCAGUUCGGUUAGAUUCUGUACUCACACAAGGACCAUUUGUUUUAUUAUCAAGUUUUUUUGUUAAAACCUUCCCUAAAAAACUUUAUUAAUAAUUUUGACCAGGCUAUAGCAAGUUCAAAACCCUGGAAAACUUAAUAUAAGGUUGAAAAUAAUACAAAUUUAAUACGAAAUUACCUAAGUCGCAACCUAAACUGUUGGUUGAUUGCAAUGUUUCAAUUGAAACUACUGUUUCAGUAAGUAAACUUAGCCAAAUUUUCUGAUUUGUUUUGAUGAUUUCAAGAAUAAUGACAUUAAGCUGA